AUGCCGGGUUUCGAGAGUGCAUCUGACUUCACCGUUCAAUCGGGAACUUCUCUUGUUCAAGUAAAGGAUCUUUGGUGGAGCCAAAUGAGAGAAUUGGGAUGGAAUCGAGAUGAAUUGGAUGCUAAAACGCACUUCAUGGUUGCACAAAAUGGCCAAGAUUGGCUUGUACUGAUCCCGAAGGGCAAAAAAGAGCCUUCUGGGAUGGUAAUCGGCUUCAAAUACCUCAACCAAACCGGAUGGGUUGGCUUCUUCAUAAUUAACAAGGAGUACCAAGGCAGAGGAUGGGGCGGGAUUUUAUUCAACACAAUGCUUGAUUCGUAUAAACGGAAUGGCAUUCACAUCGUCGGUUUAGACGCAGUAAAAGAGCAAGUCAAAACAUAUGAAAGACGGGGGUUUGUUGAGGCAGCCAGGAUCAAGCUUAUGACACGCGAAAUUGAUGGGAUAAAUCUUGCAGACCUUGACCACAAGCACACUGGUCUCCAGCGACAGGCACUUUGGACCGAAGAAGCUUUACUCUCCCGGCCAGAUGCAUUCGGUUUUGCUAUUAUCUCGAACAUUUCGAAGGAGUUGCAGGGGUUUAUUCUGGUUCGUCGUUGCGAAAAUGGUCAUCGAGUUGGGCCAUUGAUAGCUGAUUGUAUCGAUCACGCAUCUCUCUUACUUCAACUCGCUAUGGCUCACCCAAGAGUGUCAAGCUCCACUGGAAGCUUAAUAGCAGAGAUAUUCGGUGCGAACGAAAACGGCAUUAGCGUCUUCUCAGAGUUAGGCUGGCAAUGGGCUGGAUUGGACUAUCACAGGAUGUGGCUUAAUGGCCGAGUGCCCGCUGAACAGCAAGAGGGUGGACAGGGAUCGAGAGGGAUGUUUGCUGUGUUUGAUGCGUCGGAAGGUUGA